GAGAUUUGGGCGCAAAUGGAAUCUUAUUUUUAUUACUACAAAAAAACCUCAUACACAGAUCUUACACUAAGGCAAAUUUUUUUUAACGAUUUUCCAUUGCAGGACUCGGGCAGCGGUACGCCGGUGACGAUGCGUGUAGAUGCCAAAGGAUUUUUUCUAUAUUGGGUCGAUCAGAACAAUGAGCUCGACAUGCUGGAUAUUGCCACAAUACGCGAUGUGCGCACCGGACAAUAUGCCAAAAAGCCAAAGGACUCCAAGCUGCGCCAGAUUGUGACGAUGGGACCGCAGGACACGCUCGAAGAGAAAACCGUCACCAUUUGCCAUGGCUCUGAUUUUGUCAACAUGACAUUUGUCAACUUCUGCUGCACACGACGGGACAUUGCCCAGAUCUGGACGGAUGGCCUCAUCAAGCUGGCCUAUAGCCUGUCCCAGCUGAAUGGCUCGGCGAUUAUGUUCCUGCAGAAGGCGCACACAAAACUCUGUCUGCAGGUGGACAAAAGCGGACGCAUCCCAGUGAAAAACAUCAUUAAACUUUUUGCGCAAAAUAAAGAGGAUCGGAAACGUGUCGAGAAGGCGCUGGACGUGACCGGCUUGCCAUCGGGAAAGGUCGAUAGCAUAUCGGUGUCGAAAUUUCAAUUUGAGGACUUUUAUAAUUUGUACAAAUAUCUGACGCAGCGCUCCGAGGUGGAGCGUCUCUUCGACAGCAUCGUGGGUAACUCGAAGCGCAAAUGCAUGACCAUAGCACAGCUGGUGGAGUUUCUCAACAAGACGCAACGCGAUCCACGCCUCAACGAGAUACUCUAUCCUUAUGCGAAUAAUGCACGCGCCAAGGAGCUCAUACAGCAAUACGAGCCCAACAAGUUCAAUGCACAAAAGGGCCAGCUUAGUUUGGAUGGCUUUUUGAGGUAUCUCAUGAGCGAUGAUAAUCCAAUAAUGGCGCCCAACAAGCUUGAUCUCUGCGAUGAUAUGGACCAGCCGAUGUCGCACUACUUCAUCAACUCCUCGCACAAUACCUACCUAACGGGCCAUCAGCUGACUGGCAAAUCCUCCGUGGAGAUAUACAGGCAGUGUCUGCUAGCCGGCUGCAGAUGCGUCGAGCUGGACUUUUGGAACGGACGCACCGAGGAGCCGGUCAUUGUGCACGGCUACACGUUUGUGCCCGAAAUCUUUGCCAAGGACGUGCUGGAGGCCAUCGCGGAGAGCGCAUUUAAAACAUCCGAAUUCCCUGUGAUACUGAGCUUCGAGAAUCACUGCAAUCCCAGGCAACAGGCCAAGAUUGCCAACUAUUGCCGCGAAAUCUUUGGCGAUAUGCUGCUGGAUAAGCCGCUCGAUUCGCAUCCGCUGGAGCCCAAUACGGAUUUGCCGCCGCCAUCGAUGCUGCGGCGUAAGAUCAUUAUCAAGAACAAGAAGAAGCAUCAUCAUCAUCAUCACCAUCAUCACAAGAAGCCGACCUCGUCAAUGGGCCAGGGCACACCUGGUGGCAGCAAUAAACUAACAACGGCCAACUCAGUUGAUGCGGCUGCCAAGGCGGCAACGGCAGCGGCAGCAGCUGCCAAUGCUCAACAAGUGGCUGCCGCAGCGCAGGACGAGGGAGGAGCAGCAGCAGCAGCAGGACGCACAAUGACAGGCGCCGCAAAUGGCGACAUUGUCAGCGGAGCUGGCGGAGGACAUGGGCCGCCAUUGCAACAAAUACGCCAGAGCUCGAAGGAUAGUACCGGCUCCUCGGACUCGGACAGCUCCAGCGACGAUGAAUCCCUGCCCAAUGCACCACCCAGUCUGCCCAGCGGCAAUGAGCCGCCGCCGGAGAAGGCACAAAAGGAAACGGAGGCGGGCGCCGAGAUCUCAGCGCUGGUCAACUACGUGCAGCCCAUACACUUCAGCUCCUUUGAGAAUGCGGAGAAGAAGAAUCGCUGCUACGAGAUGUCCUCGUUCGAUGAGAAGCAGGCGACAACUUUGCUCAAGGAGCGACCCAUUGAGUUUGUCAACUACAACAAGCAUCAGCUGUCCCGGGUUUAUCCGGCGGGCACACGUUUCGACAGCUCCAAUUUUAUGCCGCAACUGUUUUGGAAUGCUGGCUGCCAGCUGGUGGCGCUGAACUUCCAGACCCUAGACCUGGCCAUGCAACUGAAUCUGGGCAUCUUCGAGUACAACGCACGCUCGGGAUAUCUGCUGAAGCCGGAGUUUAUGCGACGCUCGGAUCGGCGACUCGAUCCAUUCGCCGAGAGCACCGUGGAUGGCAUCAUUGCCGGCACCGUUUCGAUCACCGUGCUCUCGGGCCAGUUCCUGACCGACAAGCGGGUCAACACUUUUGUCGAGGUGGAUAUGUACGGCCUGCCGGCGGACACGGUGCGCAAGAAGUUCCGCACCAAGACGGUGCGCGACAACGGCAUGAAUCCCGUCUACGAAGAAGAUCCGUUCGUGUUCAAGAAGGUGGUGCUGCCGGAACUGGCCAGCAUACGCAUUGCGGCCUACGAGGAGGGCGGCAAGCUAAUUGGCCAUCGGGUGCUGCCCGUAAUCGGUCUCUGUCCGGGCUAUCGUCAUGUCAAUCUGCGCUCCGAGGUGGGCCAGCCCAUUGCGCUGGCCUCGCUCUUUCUGUGCGUUGUCGUCAAGGACUAUGUGCCCGACGAUCUCUCCAAUUUCGCCGAAGCACUGGCCAAUCCCAUCAAAUACCAGAGUGAGCUGGAGAAGCGCGACAUACAGCUCUCAGUGCUCACUGAUGAAACGGACGCUCUGGCCAAUGCCGACGAGGAUCUGUCCAAGUCAUUCGUUUUCGUCCAAGUAGGUGGCCAAAAGAAGGAGCUGCGCCCGGUGGAAUCGCUAGCCACCUCGCCGAAGCAUCGGGCGAGCAUUUCGAUAAUUGCCGCCACAAGCGUGGAGCUGCCGACGGAUCGCAGCGAUGGAGCACGCAACGAUGACAGCGUCUCCAUUAUGGCAUCGGGCAUACAGCAUCAGCACUCGCUGGACCAGUCGGUCAGCACGUCGAUUAGGCAGGUGGAGUCGUCGCAGUUCGAUGUGGACCCUUUGCUGGCCGAGCCGCUGGACAAGAUACUCGAGCACAAGUCGGUGCGUGAGAAGCGGCUCGAGAUGGAGAAGAAGCUCGAGUCGCUGCGCAAGAAGCACGACAAGGAGAAGCUCAAGAUCGCUGGCCAGAAGCUCAGCCCCCUCGAUGGAGGCAAGAAGCCGAAGUUCACCAUAACCAACAAGCUAGUGAAGCGCCUGAGCAACAGGAGCCUUAAUUGUCUCUCUCCCUACAGCGAGCCGGGCGUCGAGGUGCCGGCCUGCCCCCUCGACCUGGGCGACAGCAGCGAGGAGAGCGCCGGCGCCGGCGAACUCGGCGACGAGGCCGCCUCCAGCAGCCUGGAUGGCACCCAGGAGUCACGUCUGCGCUACGCCUGCCGCGAGUACACCACACAGUAUCGGGAGCUGCAGGAGAAGUACCACGAGGCCAUCUACACCGCCGCCGAGAAGGUGCUCAAGAACUCGCAGACCAGUCAAAUGAAACAGCUGAAGGCCUCCCUGGACAAGGUCACCGGCGAGGUGAUGCAUCAGCUGCAGGAGGCGCGCCGCAACGAGGUCAAGAAUCUCGCCACAGUGCACAGAGAUCGCGACGAGCUGGUCAGAAUGAAGCGCGAAGUGGCCAGCUCCGUCGUGGAGCGCGGCGUGGCGGAACGCGUGCGCCUCAAGCAGACCUUCGAAAAACGCACGGAUGAACUGCAGAAGCAGCACGAUGCGGUGCGCAAUGCCCUCGCCGAGCAUCGCUCCAAGGUGGGUGACGAUCCUUUGUAAACCCUUGCAGAUAAA